GCCUGCUGCUAGUUGUUAGCCUGCUGCUAGCUGUUAGCCUGCUGUUAGCUGUUAACCUGCAGUGAGCUGUUACCUUGUGUUAACUGCCUGCUGCUAGUUGUUAGCCUGCUGCUAGCUGUUAGCCUGCUGCUAGCUGUUAACCUGCUGCUAGGUGUUACCUUUUGUUAACUGCCUGCUGCUAGCUGUUAGCCUGCUGCUAGCUGUUAGCAUGCUUCUAGAUGUUAGCCUGCUGCUAGGUGUUAACCUGCUGCUAGGUGUUACCUUUUGUUAACUGCCUGCUGCGAGCUGUUAGCCUGCUGCUAGCUGUUAGCCUGCUGCUAACAUUGUUGAAGUACUGAAUAAAUAAUUUGAAGCAUGAUUUAGUGAUCUGAGGUCAUCACUAUCAAUUCUUUAUAAGUGAAUUAUUAAUUCAACACUGGGCAUGUUAAACGCAGUACAAUCAGUACAUUUAGUGAACUUUAAUCAUACUUUUUGUAGUACUUUAACAUCUAACCAUGACCAUCCUGGCGACCAGGUGGAGCAUCCAGCACAGCGCCAGACGGAGACGGUGGUCAACUCCAACAAGGGACAAACACCUGCGUGUUCUACACCUGACUGCUCCGUACCUCAGCUGGAUGUGUCCACCAAUCAGAGGGGAGCAUGCAGUAACCGAGCUCAGAGACUGGCGGCCCAGGACCGACAGGCGGACCGACAGGCGGACCGACAGGCGGACCGACAGGUGGACGAACAGAGCAACACUGGCGGCUUCAACAGGACAAAAGCUGCGGAGAUGGCGAGCUGCGUGCGGUCCGGCGACUGCGAGGCGGGUCUGUGCUGCGUCCGGUACCUGACCAGUAAACGGUGCCAGAGGAUCCCGGUGGAGGGCGAGGCCUGUCUGCUGCGGGGCUCCACCAAGCUCAGGAGGAAGCUGGGCCGCUGCGACUGCGACGCGGGGCUGUUCUGCGCCGCUGUCAGCCGGGCGGAGUCGGGCAAACCCAAGGGCCAGGGUGUGUGUCGGCCCCACCAGGGACAGGGACAGAGGAAAACAAGGCAUUCUGGGAAGAAGAGAAGGACGGCAGAGAGAAGCUGCUGACGGAUUCAUCACAAACUCUGUAGCGUUAGUGCAGUUUGUAGUCCUGCUGAGUCCUCCGGCGGCCAUGUUUGAAGGCUGGUCCCUGGCUUCCUUGAGGGUCUGUUGUUGUCUCCCCUGAGAGAUGGACUUUGUACUCCAGGAGAGCGCAUCAGUGGUUCCCAAACUGAGGUCCGGGGCCCUUUGUAGAAGUAUCCGCUCCAUCACUGUAAUUUUAGUAAAUAAAAGUCACUAGAGUAUA